AUGGCUUAUGCUUCUGUAACUUCGCUUAAAGGAACACUCCAUCUACACUUCUUGCAAUCACAACCACGCCUGUCUCUUAUUUAUAAACAAAAGGUGGUCUCUCUCCAUAGAAAUCUUGGUUUCCUUCAAGAAAGUCUUGAGAAAUCUGAGAUCGCCUAUGAUGAUGCGGGGGCAAUGAAAGAUCUAGAGGCAGAGAUCAGAGAUGCAGUGUUCGAAGCUGAAGAAAGGAUUGAAAUGGAGCUGACUACCAUUUAUCCAGCAAAGGGUUUGACGAAGCAUCUUGCUUGCCUCCUCAGGCUUCAUGGGAUCUUCAAUGAAGCAGUUAAAAAGACUGAUUACCUCAAGAAGAAGUUGAUUAAGAUUAAAACUGAAAAGCAGCUUGCAAAGGGUCCAUCACAAGGUGAAAGGAUGCGACAAAGUGGACUACUCCAUGGUUCAACAUCAUCACAACCUGAUUUAGAACACGAGAAUAAUAUUACUGUGAGUAAAUUUUCUAAAAACGCUCCAAUGAAGUAUGACAGUGGAAUGUUCGGAUGCAAUGAGGAGUUCAAGACGAUAAUGGAUCAGCUCACCCGACAAUCAGCAAAGCAGCUACAAGUUGUAUCAAUUGUAGGCAUGGGCGGAAUAGGCAAGACCACUUUAGCUCGCAAAGUCUAUGAAGAUCCAUCAAUUACUUAUCAUUUUUACAUCCGAGCAUGGGUUGCUGUAUCUCAAGAGUAUAACGUGGAACAAAUGCUCCAAUGCCUUAUUGGUUGUGUUAAUGCAACAUCAAAUGGUAACUUGGCAGAAAGUCUGCGUAAACACUUGAAAAAUCAAAGAUAUUUGAUAGUGAUUGAUGAUAUAUGGAGCACCACUGCUUGGGAUAGUGUGCAAAGAUGCUUUCCAGAAGAUAAUAAUGGAAGUCGUAUCCUGUUGACUUCUCGGCUUAGGGAGGUGGCUGAAUAUGCAAAUUCAGGUAAUAACUCUACCAUUAACAUGCCUUUCUUAGAUGCCAAUGAAAGUUGGAAUCUCUACUGCAAUGUGUUUGGUCAAACGGAAUUUCUUUCAGUGUUUGAACAAAUUGGUAGAAGCACAGUGAAGAAAUGUAAUGGAUUACCUCUAGCUAUUAUUGUAAUAACUAGUCUUCUCUCCAAGACAGAGGCGGCAGUGGAGAAGUGGAAUAAUGUUGUCAAAAAUGUGAAUAGAUAUGUAAUUGAUGAUUCUAAUGAUGCAUGUUCCAGAAUACUAUAUUUGAGUUACAACCAAUUACGACACCACUUAAAAGCUUGCUUUCUAUAUUUUGGAGUUUUUCCUGAAGACUAUGAGAUCCGCGUGAAGAAGUUGGUUAGGUUGUGGGCGGCAGAGGGAUUUUUGAGGGUUGAGGACCAUCGGAAUAUGGAGGAAGUGGCCAUGGAAUGCUUGCAAGAUCUUGUUGAUAGAAGUCUUGUUUUUGUUAGCAAACAGAGCUACAAUGGGAAAAUGAAGACAAUAAGGAUACAUGACCUGUUGCGGGAUUUGUGUUUAAGAGAAGCUCAUCAUGAAAAUCUCUUGAAUGUCAUUGGAGAUGAAAAACUUCCAUUUUACAAGAAGUCUUGUCGUUGGAUAAGUGCUACGUCAAAGUUGCAUCUACUUCCUUCCAGAAUGUGCUUUCACAAAUCACAUUCCUUUCACUACCCUUACUCUUAUUACUCUGAACGUAUGGAACAUCUAAUUUCACACUUCAAACUACUAAGAGUAGUAGAUAUAGAAUUGAUGCCUUCAUAUGGAUAUGGGGUACUAAAUGCGACCGCAAAUCUUAUUCAUUUGAGAUACUUAGCUUUGAGGAAUUUAGUACUUAAUAACAACAGAUAUUUUGAUUUAGAGCUCUUUGAGUAUUGGAAUAUACAAAGCUUUAUUGUUUGUGGAGAUCAUAUUACAUUGGAUUGUGCUAAGGCAUCUGGAAUUGGUAAAAUGCCACUAUUAAGGAAUAUUUGCAUUAAUCGGAUUGUUUCAUUAGGAACUUUGUCAGUUGUUCAUGGAAAUUUAGAGAGUAUAUAUUGGUUGGAUCCUAAGCUCUGUACACAGUAUUUGUUUACAAGGAUUCCAAAUUUAAAAAAAUUGGGGAUUGAUGGAUAUGAUGGUGAAAGCAAUGGAAAGAAUCUAGAUUGUUUUUACAAUUUUGUGCAUUUGGGGCAGCUUGAGAAGUUAAGCAUCAAAAAUUGGUAUGAUCUCAACUGUAUUCCACGUAGCGGCAUCUCAUGGGCAACUGAUUUUCUACCAAAUCUUAAGAAGCUCAAAUUCGUCUGGACUAAUUUGGCAUGGAGUGAUAUGAGGCUUAUUGGUAUGUUGCCGAAUUUAGAGGUUCUAAAACUGAAACAUGUUGUUGCUAGCGAAGACAUAAUGUGGGAACCAUCCAAGGAAGGGUUCCGUCGAUUGAAAAAAUUGUGGUUUUGCGGAUAUCACCACACUAGCAUUGAUUCAGUAAACCUGGUGUUUGGAUUCCGUUUUGGCUUCCGCAAGUUGAUUCAAGAAGAGCAAUACAACAACUAUGGAAAUGCCCUCCUUGUUCGUUCGAAAAACAUUAUGGGGUCGGAUGAGGAGGAAGAGAGUGAUGAAUGA